CAGCUGGGCCUGUAAGCAAUACUGAUACGGAGUAUCAUGGAUCUAGCCUUCGAGCACCUUCCAUUCAUUCGCGUCUACAAAAACGGCCAAGUCGAAAGGCUCCUAGGAACCGAAACCGCUCCCGCCGGCAUCGAUCCCCACUCCGGCGUUUCCUCCAAAGACAUCCCGAACAUCCUUCCCUCUUCUCCCGAAGUAUAUGUCAGACUCUAUCUCCCAAAACUCGCCGCCGGCAGCGGCGAUAAACUCCCCCUUCUUGUCUAUUUCCACGGCGGCGGUUUCUUCGUGUCCUCGCCCGCUUCUGUCUACUAUCACAACUACAUCAACGCAUUGGUUUCCAGCGCAAAGGUUAUGGCGGUUUCCGUGCACUACAGAAGGCCGCCGGAGCACCCUUUACCCGUCGCGUAUCACGAUUCCUGGGCGGCGCUCCGCUGGGUUGCUUAUCAUCGAACCUGUGACGGUCCGGAGAUCUGGUUGAACAGACACGCGGAUUUCCGACGCGUUUUCAUCGCCGGUGAUAGCGCCGGCGCUAACAUAGCUCACAAUCUUGCCAUGAUGGCUGGAAGUGAUGAGGAAGCGGGGUUGGGCGUUGAUAUCCUCGGAGUCGCGCUGGUUCAACCGUUCUUCUGGGGGUCGGACCCUAUCGGGUCGGAAAAGGACGACCCGGAGAAGAAGGCUAAGUUGGAUAAGUUUUGGCCGUUUGUUUGCCCGUCGAACCCGAGCAAUGAUUACAAGUGGGUCAACCCGGUUGGAGAAGGUGCUCCAAGCUUGGCGGGUUUGGGCUGCAAGAGGGUGUUGGUCUGUGUGGCUGAGAAGGAUAUAUUGAAGGAUAGAGGGUUACUUUAUUACGAGGCUUUGGGUCGGAGCGUGUGGGCCGGAACGGCAGAGACCCACGAGAGUGAAGGAAAAGACCAUGGGUUUCAUUUGCAUGACAUGCAGUGCGAUGAGGCCCAAUGUUUGAGCAACAAGUUAGCCCAUUUCUUUAACCAGGAUUGAAUACCUGUAUUCCGGGUUUUAAUGUUUUACGGGUUUUGUAUAUCAGCAAUUUGGCAUGUCUAUAAUUAUCAUAUGUAAAUGCACACUAUGUUAAAUACUCCCUCCGUCCCGCAAUGAACUUCUCACUUUCCUUUUUUGGAUGUCCCAUAAACAAGUUCC